AUUCCGACAAAGCUUCUUCACCCCCCCUCCCAUCUGAGAAGCAGCGACAUCACAGAGCCGACAGCGGGCAGGACGGAUAUUGCACAACGACAAGCCGAACAUCAUGCUUAGGCUCAUUAUCAACAAACAAACGUUCAAGGCUAUCAGCAUUCACCCCUACCGUCCACAUAGGGGCUUUAGCACCGUUCCGGGACGAAACACCGAUAGUGACAGUCAUCAUGAUAACGAUUACCAUCAUGAUUCCAGCGGUGGGUGUGCUGGCUCGGGGUCCCCGCCAGGCGUUACCUCGAAAGACUUUGCCAACCUUGAUAAGGAUGUUUCCAACAUCAAACUGAAGCUCGACUACAUCCAAUCCGGACAGAGCGAGAUGAGAGCUGAUAUUAAAGACCUUGGCAACAAGACGGAUAAAAAAUUUGACAAGACCGAUAGUAAGAUUGACCGUAUAUUCUACGGUGUUAUUACUACUCUUGUUGGGUUUGUCUUGAAAGGUGGGUUCGAUUAUUACCAGGCCGCCAAGAAGUAGGCUUGGACAUAGAUGCGACUCUCUCCAUUGCCUCGGGGUUGAUUAAUUGGCAAUGACGCUGAUAGACUUUUUUUUCUUUUUUUCCCCAUCAAUUGGCGCAUAGAAUACGGUGGUAUGGGAAUUUGUUUAGUACGCUAGGCAAUCAAGCAGUGAUAGAAUGGGCAAGUCUAUUUAAUUUAAUUUCCUUCCACUUUAUCUUCUUUUCAAUUGAUCGCCCUGCUUAAUUCAUAUAUCACAUAUUGAAGAGAUGGGUUCACUCAUAGAAUGCUGACUUAGCUAAUUAAUGUGCUUCACCUUCCCCUUGUGGAGGAUCUCUUCGUUUGUAUGCUAAAGUUCACGGAAUUUUAGCUCGAAAGCCGGAAGAAUGCUUUACUUGAAGGGGAAUGGCUGGGGUAGUCGGAUGGUGACCCGGCCCAUAGACAUCUCUGACCCGAGGAUCUGCGAAGCAUUUGCUUGAGUAGGAGGCGUUAUUGUCCUUUUAAGUAGAAGGCGGUCUUGGCCGCAGUUCCGUCAGUACGGUACUCGAGUACGAGUACAGGCGGGGGGGGGGUGAGCCACCAUUUAGACAUUUUGGGGCUAGGAGGUGGAAUAAACACCGUGACUGAAAUAGGGAUAAGGUUGGCCCUUGUGAACAUUUACCGAGUUGGGUUCAGUGGUGAGGGAGUAUUUCCACAAUGUGGUGUAGAACCAACUACACCACGCAACCCCACUAUUGUUCUCUAUUAGUCUUAUGUAAUCGCAGAAUCCUAAUACAUCAUUGCCACAAGGA